AAUCAAAAUCCUGAACUUCCCAUCAUGCAAUUUGUAAUAUAAAACUUUUGCGCAAUACACACACAGCCACCCACGUGUUUUCACUUUGUCGGAGAAACCUUUUUUUAAGAAGGCUUCAAGCAACUGGAGACUUCUGCAUAAUGGCUUGUGCUGAAAUUGCACUACUGAGUGUGUCCGAUAAAACGGGUCUACUCGAGUUUGCCAAGCGUUUGGUGUCUGUGGGGCUGUCCCUCGUUGCCUCUGGGGGCACCGCCAAAGCGCUCCGGGAUGCCGGGCUAUCCGUUAGGGAUGUGUCAGAAUUGACAGGUUUUCCAGAGAUGUUGGGGGGUCGAGUUAAGACUUUGCACCCUGCGGUCCACGGGGGAAUUCUGGCCCGACACGCCCCCUCCGAUAACGCUGACAUGGAGAAACUCGGCUUCAGUCUGGUCAGGGUGGUUGUGUGUAACCUGUACCCGUUUGUGAAGACCAUCUCUUCCCCGAACGUGACGGUGGCGGAUGCUGUGGAAAAGAUUGAUAUCGGUGGCGUGACUCUCCUUCGCGCGGCAGCAAAGAACCACGCUCGGGUGACCGUCGUGUGUGACCCUGACGACUAUGACCUCAUUGCUGCGGAGAUGGAGGGGUCCGACAAGGACACCACACUGGACACUCGCAAAACCCUGGCACUGAAGGCUUUCACUCACACCGCCCAGUAUGACGAGGCCAUCUCCGAUUACUUCCGCCGGGAGUACAGUGGAGGGGUAUCCCAGCUCCCCCUGCGGUACGGCAUGAACCCCCACCAGGCCCCUGCCCAGAUCUACACCUUGCGCCCCACCCUUCCCCUCAAAGUGGUGAACGGGGCACCCGGCUUCAUCAACCUGUGCGACGCCCUGAACGGCUGGCAGCUGGUGCGGGAGCUGAAGCACGCACUGGGCUUGCCCGCCGCCACCUCCUUCAAGCACGUGAGCCCAGCAGGUGCCGCUGUUGCUGUUCCGCUGAGUGAGGAGGAGGCGAAGGUCUGCAUGGUGAAUGAUCUUCUGCAGGACCUCACCCCACUGGCCACUGCUUACGCCAGAGCAAGAGGUGCUGACAGGAUGUCCUCAUUUGGUGACUUUAUCGCCCUGUCUGACGUCUGUGACGUUUCCACCGCCAGGAUCAUCUCCAGAGAGGUCUCCGAUGGGAUCAUCGCUCCCGGUUACCAAGAAGAAGCGCUGAAAAUUCUCUCCAAGAAGAAAAACGGCAACUAUUGUGUCCUCCAGAUGGACCCAGAGUACGAGCCUGACGACAGUGAGGUGCGAGUGCUGUUCGGCCUGCGCCUGAAGCAGAAGAGGAACGGGGCCGUCGUAGACAAGGCGCUCUUCAGCAACAUCGUCACCAAGGGGAAGCUGUCGGAGAAUGCGUUGCGUGACCUCACCGUGGCGACCAUCGCCCUCAAGUACACCCAGUCCAACUCUGUGUGCUACGCCAAAGAUGGCCAGGUCAUUGGUAUUGGGGCGGGGCAGCAGUCGCGGAUCCACUGCACGCGAUUGGCUGGAGACAAGGCGGAUAACUGGUGGCUGAGACACCAUCCCGGAGUGCUGUCCAUGAAGUUCAGGAGCGGCGUGAAGCGGGCGGAAAUGGCCAACGGCAUCGACCAGUAUGUGAGCGGGACCAUCGGAGAGGGUGCGGAUUUGGCUGUGUGGAAGGGGCUGUUUGAGGAGGUCCCGGAACCGCUCUCCGAAACGGAGCGCCGGAACUGGAUCAGCUCCCUGCAGGCCGUGGCUCUGAGCUCCGACGCGUUCUUCCCCUUCCGAGACAACGUGGAGCGAGCCAAACAGAGUGGGGUGGAGUACAUUGCCGCACCUGCGGGGUCUACUGCCGACCAGGUGGUCAUCGAUGCCUGCAACGAGCUGGGCAUCAGCCUCGCGCACACCAAGCUGCGCCUCUUCCACCACUGAGGCGUCCGUACCCUACGCCACGUCGCCACGGCUACACUCUGUCCGCUGUAGCCGAUGACAACGCACAUUCCACACUUGAGCACUGGCACACUCCUCUGCAUUGUUCUCAGUGCUCAGAGCAUUCCUUUCCUCUAGAUACUGUUACUGUCUUUCCAAGGUUCCGCCAUGGAGCGGAAAAUAAACGGGUUUGGAUACUCCCAGCA